AUAAAAGCCCCUAAUUUUUUCUCCGCCCAAGAGACAAAUCCUUCGCAAUCGACCAACGGAAGCUCCUGCAUCCACCGUCCAUUUCUCUUCUAACGUCGCCGGCGAUCGGUAAACUGGUUCUUCAUCCCGUAUUCAUCUCCUAUUGAGAUCGUUGGGAAGUAGAGAAUGGCGACGUUUGAGCUGUACAGGAGAUCGACGAUCGGGAUGUGUCUGACGGAGACUUUGGACGAGAUGGUUCAGAGCGGUACGCUGAGCCCUGAGCUAGCUAUCCAAGUCCUUGUUCAAUUUGACAAGUCCAUGACUGAAGCUCUGGAGAGCCAAGUGAAGACCAAGGUGUCUAUCAAGGGGCACCUGCACACUUACAGGUUCUGUGACAACGUCUGGACCUUCAUAUUACAGGACGCAAUGUUCAAGAGUGACGAUCGUCAAGAGAAUGUGAGCCGAGUGAAGAUAGUGGCAUGUGAUUCUAAGCUGCUCACACAGUGAGAUGCAAAUUCUCAGCAGGGAAUAUGCUUUCCUUUGUAAUAGAUUUUGAGUUUUUUUCACUUUGUAAACUCAGCACUUCUAUAUGUUGAGCACCAUCUGCAGCCAUCAAUUUAGCCUAUAUGUAAAUUCUCGGCCCGAGGACAUAAUGAGACAUUCUGUUGCUAUGAGAAAGUUCUUAAGAUUCAUCUUGAGUUCUUAUGAUCUUUAUCUGUAAAAUUCCGAAUCACUUGAUAUAUAUUUGGACAUAACUUUGUCUCAAUGGAACUGAUUGGUGUCAAA